CGACCAACUUUGCUACACGCUGGUGGGUGAUUUGAAAAAAGAAAACAGGACAGGUUUGGGGGUUUCUUUUCCUUUAAAAGUAUGAGCACGGAGGCGCCCGAGAAAGCCGGUGAUGAAGUCGUGAGUUCCGGAGGAGGCACCGGGGGCGGCGGAGGCUCGCGCUUCGACCUGGAGAAGGAGACCGAGCUGCGGUUUGAGGUCGAGUCCGGAGAGCGCGUCCAGCUCGAGCUCCUGACUGGUUUGGCCGAGGUGUUCGGCUCCGAAUUGAACCGGAACAAGAAGUACACUUUCGGGCCUGGCUCGAAAAUCGCCGUGUUCACGUGGCAGGGAUGCAGCCUGUGUCUCAGCGGCAAGACCGAGGUGGCUUAUGUCUCCAAAGACACCCCUAUGCUGUUGUAUCUUAACACACACGCUGCAUUGGAGCAAAUGAGACGGCAGGCCGAGCGAGACAACGAGAGAGGGCCGAGGGUCAUGGUGGUGGGGCCUACCGACGUGGGGAAGUCCACAGUGUGUCGUCUGCUGCUGAACUACGCGGUGAGGCUGGGCAGGAGGCCCACGCUCGUAGAGCUGGACGUCGGCCAAAGCAGCGUGUCCGUCCCAGGCACAAUGUCAGCGCUGUACAUUGAGCGUCCAGCAGAUGUCGAGGAAGGCUUCUCUGUGCAGGCUCCUCUAGUCUUCCACUUUGGCUCCACGACCCCAGGGACCAAUAUCAAGCUCUAUAACAAGCUGACGUCAUGUCUGGCGGAGGUGUUCUCUCAGCGCUGUGAGGUGAACCGGAAGGCCAGCGUCGGAGGCUGCAUCAUCAACACGUGCGGCUGGGUGAAAGGCUCAGGAUACCAGGCGCUGGUCCACUGUGCGUCAGCAUUCCAGGUGGACGUGGUGCUGGUCCUCGAUCAGGAACGCCUUUACAAUGAGCUCAAACGGGAUCUGCCGCACUUCGUCCGCGUAGUGCUGCUACCCAAGUCUGGCGGCGUGGUCGAACGCUCCAAGGACUGCAGACGAGAGACACGUGACGAUAAGAUCCGCGAGUAUUUCUAUGGCUUUCGGGGCUCCACUUUCUACCCGCACGCUUUCGAUGUGCGUUUCUCGGACGUGCGCAUCUACAAGAUCGGGGCGCCCUCCAUUCCGGACUCGUGCCUGCCUCUGGGCAUGUCGCAGGACGACACGCAGCUGAAGCUGGUUCCCGUGAGCCCGGGCCGGGACCUGACCCACCACGUGCUGAGCGUCAGCUGCGUGGAGGACGACACAGAGGGAGGAGAGAACCGCAGCAGGGGAAUUUUAGAGAGUCCGGUUUGCGGCUUCAUCGUGGUUACGGCCGUGGACACUCAGGCUCAGGUGAUGACUGUACUCGCUCCGGCACCAAGACCGCUGCCUCGCCACACGCUCCUCAUCAUGGACAUUCGCUUCAUAGACCUUAAAUGAACAUAGGAUAGGGUGUGGACAAGUAAAGGGAUGGACAUGCUGGGGAAAAAAAACAGGAAUGUGGAAAUGGAGAGAGAUUGUUCAUGAACUGAAGUUUGAUCAGCAGAUGGAGAUCUCACUAUGCCCUUACGUUACCUAUGUCCCAUCACAUUGCUUGGUCUUCCUCAGGUUUAUUUUUAUUCCUCUCAUUUUAUUGGUCUCUCUCGCUCUUUUUCCUCUCAUGCUUGUUCUGCUUUUGCUGCAUUUUUUCCAUCUGUCUCAGUUUUUUUUUUUAUACAUCCCUUUAGUUUUUCAUAUUCAUUUGUUCUUACAUUAUUGACCCUUCUUUUCUUUCUCACUUAACUUUUUCUUUUUGUUUCUCCUAUUUCUUUCAUAAUUUUUUUUUUUUUUUUUCAUUAUUUUUUAUCAUCUCAUUUAUUUAUUUUUUCAUUCAAUUUCUUUCAGUUCCUGUAAGGUUCCUUAGUUCUCUUUCUUCUUCUUUUUUUCUUUCCAGAAUUUCAAAUGUUCUUUUUCUUUCUUUCUUUCAUUUCUUUUUCAAUUUUAUUGGUUAAUUCUCUCAUACUCAUCAUCUAUACCACUUUAUCCUGUAUACAGUGGUGCAGGGGCCUGGAGCCUAUCCCAGGUGAAUUGGGGCACGAGGCAUGGUAAACCCUGAACUGGUUGCCAAUCUAUCACAGGGCACACACAUUCACACACUUGUUCAUACAUGAUGGGCAAUUUGCGAACACAAAUGAGCCUUGCGAACAGCAAAAAAGUCCUGCUUUGGUACAUCCAUCCUUUUGCAUCUCUUCGGACUGUGGGAGAAAAUCCGCCAAGCACAGGGAGAACAUGCAAACUCCAUGCUUACAGAGGCGGGAAUCGAACCCGGACACUAGUGGUGCAGGACGACAGUGCUAACCACUAAGCCACUGUGCUGCCCUGAUUCAUUCUCAUUAUUCUUUCAUUUUUCAUUAUUUCUCGCUUUCUGAAAGAGGUAAUUUUACCUUUCUGCUUUUUCUUUAUUUCUCUUUCUCCAUUUGCUUUUUCUUUCCUUCACCAAUUUCCUUGUUUAAUUAUAUCAUUCUUUUUUUCUUGUUUUCCUUAUUUCUCUUUCUUUCUUCCCCUUUUUCUUCUUUUUUUUAACCUUUUUGUCUUUCUUUCUCUUUAAACUUCAUUUCUUUCUUUUUUCAAUCGUUCUUUCUUGUCCCAUGGUCUUCCUCUUUUUCUUCCCUCACUUUCAGUUCCUUGCUUGCGAGAACUUCAUGGAAAAAAAAUGCAUACAUAUUUUAUUUUAUUAUAUUUGCUAAGUAUCUGGAGCAAAUCAUUGUCAUAAUGGUGUUGAACUUUGCAUUGUUUUAUGUGAAAUAAUAAAGACCUGCUUCUGUAUCUCUUUAACUGUGACAACAGAGUUGUGUUUAAUAAUAAAAGCUGGUGUGUCUUA